AUGGCCACGAACAUUCAAGCUGAGGAUCUUUCGAUAAUGGAACUGAUAUACCUAGACAUCCAUGUCGCAUCUCUAAAGGACCAAGAAGAUUUAUCAAAUCCCACCGCCUUCUCCUCCUCCGAAUUGCCCACUCGGUCCACUUCGUUGACACAGCUACAGCCGCUGCGACAGCAGACACAGCAGCAUAAACCGCCAACCAACUCUGGCAUGCAGUCUACGCACUCAUCCGUUCAAACAAAACUAACUUCCGGCCGGGAUGCGAUGGACAACUUACAAUCAGUCGACGCGGUGUACACAAAUACCCACACGUCAUUGCGCGGGAUGGACGUACUAUCUACCAACCCAAAAUACAAAGGCGAAUAUCAAAUAGACAUUCCAAAUAGUUUCCACGACCCUACGACAUUUUUCCCGCCACCCCAUUCCUCCGUGAACCUGUCGAUGGUCGCUGCAUACUACGAGACUAUUCAGAUCGCGGCAUCGGUGUGCGUGCGCGUGCCCGUUCGCGAUAGUACAUACGCGCUACAUCAGGUCGUCAGGAAGCGGUCGAUAUGCAUCAUCAAUGCGGCGAUAUAA